AUGAUUGUCUUUUUGCUUUUUAUCUUUUUUGGACCAACUGAACUUUGCAUUCACUUACAGAGCAAAGAAUUGGUGAUUGAUAUCAAGCCAGAGGUAAGAUUCCUUCUGGUUUUUUUCUCGAAUAAAAUUACGAAAUUCCAGCUUAUCCCAAUCAACCAAACUGUUAAAAACUACAUCGAGACUUUUAUUUGCGACAAGCUUGCCACCGAUGUUCAACACUCUUUCAAUCUCACUAAUCGUGUCUACCAAGUUCGAAAGCAACUCUGCCCAAAUAAUUGCAAUUGCUACAACCCAAAGUUCGCUGGAAAAUCGAUGACAUUUAUCACGUAUUAUCCACAGUUCCUUGUUGGUAAGAACUUGGGAGUUCAUUUGGGAGGAAUCAAAUCAGAAACGAAAAACUCUGUCAUAUCUUAUUAUAUCUUUCCAGUUGUUCAAUUUUCUUUAGGAAUGAGAAAAAAUGCACAUUUCAAUGAUAUGGAUUUUCGUGCUCCCUGCAGUUUAUGCCAGUUACAACUAUGAACAUGAUCCUACGAAACUCCAUGUUUUACCCGCAGUAUGUGAGUUUAAAGAUUAGAAAAAUGUAAUCAAUUUAGCUUUCAGGAAAUCAAAAAUUACCUUUUCAAGAAAGAUAAUGUCAGAAUUUUUAUGGAUGAAUAUAUUUGUGAUGGAAAAGACGAGGACACACAUCACUAUUCACAAAAAUAUGGAGUUCAUGUUGUUCGUAGAAGAUUGUGCACACAUAACUGCCAUCGUAUACAUUUUGAAAAAAGAACUUAUGUGGUUCACAAAAUCAAAUCAAGGCAAGACAAAAUUAGAAUUGUGAAAACUGUGGCUUCUCGUCAUGAAUGCGGCAAAUAUGUUAAGGUUAGGUUUAUAAAAAUUAUUUCUGAUUUUUUUUUCAAAUUCUAAAUUUACAGUACAAACACUAUCGUUUCAACGUCAAUGGGAAUGGCUCCAAUACGAAAAAUCUUACGGUUCUAUAA